CAUUUAUCAUUUGAAAUAGCGACUGUUCUAGCUUUUCAAUUUCCUAUCGAGUCUUGCCGUUCGUUUGUUCUCUGUACAAGAUGGCGACUUCCACUGGUGGGGCAGGUGUGGUAGUUCCACGCAACUUCCGUCUGUUGGAAGAACUGGAGCAGGGCCAGAAAGGAGUUGGUGAUGGAACAAUCAGUUGGGGCCUCGAGGAUGACAGCGACAUGACGCUUACCCAUUGGACGGGCAUGAUCAUAGGACCUCCCAGGACGCCAUACGAGAAUAGGAUCUACAGCUUACGAGUGGAGUGCGGUUCCCAGUAUCCAGGCGAACCACCAAAUGUUAGGUUUAUUUCCAAGAUCAAAAUGAUGGGCGUCAAUGAAAGCAACGGAACUGUGGACAGACGCAGCCUUCCUGUGCUGAAUCGCUGGCAGAGGAACUAUUCCAUCAAGACUGUACUGCAGGAAUUGCGCAGGGCCAUGACCCUCAAGGAGAACCAACGGCUGGGCCAGCCACCUGAAGGAUCUGCCUUCUAGAAAAUGCCUGCCGGCUUGGCUUUCCAGUGCUUAUCUAUGGGGCUUCUAAACCUACUUUGCCCAGCAGUUCACCUUUUGCCCCCCGAGCUGUUUCUGUUUGCUGCCCCCUUUGUUUUUGUUUUCUUUUUAUAACAACCCUCAAUGGUACAAUACAGUGCUUCAUAAAUAAUCAAGUGCC